AUGGCCGGCGGCUUGCUCAAUGACCAGCUUCACUAUGCCGAGACACAGAUCAUCGCCGAUCCGGUGGGCAAUGGCGAGUGCGAGGAGGAGGGGUGAGUUGCGCCGUUUUUUUGUGGGUAAAAUACGAGCAUUUAGGAAAAUUUAUAAAACCGUGCAGUUUGAAAAAUCAAAAAUAAAAAAAAUUUUUUAACGACUUUAUCAGUUUGUCGGGAAAAUAAUGAGCACUCUGUCGCAGCAAAAAUCGCAUUGAGAAAAAGAAUUGUGUCGGCAAAAUCAAACUGCUUUUCACUUUAGCGACGCUAUUGAAGCAGAUAUUGUGCUCAUUAUUUUCCCGACAGAUUCAUAUUGGAUUUUUUGAGGCUAUUAUUUUUUUUGAAUUUUACCGAAACAUUUUUUCGUUGGCAAUAUUGUUUUUUUUUCUUUCUGUUCUCCUGCGCUCAAAGAGCGCCUAAGGGCAGAAAUUCUUUUUCAUUAAACAUGUUUACGUCUUCAAAAAACUUUACAACAAAAUCUUUUUAGACCGGAAAUGGCUGGGUCGGCUAGGCCGGGCUUUUGGGGGCUAUGGCAAAAUUUUGAAUAGGUCCGGGGAGGACCAACCUUCGCCUUUCGCUCACCUCAUUUUGCGUUGUCUCUUGUCUAUAUAAAGAUUUUUGAAUUUUCCCAUCGCUUGCUAAAGGUAAAAAUCACCUAAAAAUUUUGUGGACAGAGCCUAGGUUUUUAAACAUUCUUUGCCGACGAGAGAUUAUAUGAAAUGAGGAGAGAGUCCAGAGAGAAAAACACUUUUCGGCCGAAUCUUUGCCAGUUUCGUGAGGGAAAAAUUGAUUUCUUGUGGAAACACUAUACUCUAUGGUAGAAAUAGAUAUGUAAAAUUUCAUGUCAAAAUUCGCAAAAAAAAUUUUCAUUUUUGCGAACUUUUUAUCUAAAAAUCUCGGUCAUUUCUGCAAAGCGCGAGCUAGAAAUCUGCCAUGUUUCUUAGAAUAUCUUGUUCUAAAUUUGUCCUAAGUUUUGUCAAAAUCGCAGCGUCACAGUUGAAGCACUUGCUCUGUAAAUUUUUUCUCUGCCAUCCUCUCAAUUCGCAUGCUCUCUUGCAAAAAAAAAAAAACAUUUUUAAGGCUAAAACUGAAACACAUUUUUAGCACUUGCCUCAGCGAAUUUCCCGAAACUAUAAGUCCAUUGUAAACAAACAAUUUUCGUCUCAUUUUUCAUUGUCCUGUUGCCGUUAACCCGCUUCUUUUCUUAUCGAGGAAUCAGCUGUGAUAAUUCCCUUCUCCAAAGCACACGAAGAUUAGGAGUUUUUGAAUAAUCUCGGCAACGAGCGCUCAAAAAGGACUUGGAAAAAGAAAUUUUAGGGAGAGAAAGCAGACUUGGCAAAGUGUUGAAAAACAAAGAAAUAACAAAGUCAUGCUUUUGAAAGUGUAAAAUACGCCAACGAAAAAUAAUGCUUUUAUUUAGCAGUCUGUCGGGAAAAUAAUGAGCAAAAUGGGCGCCAUACGUCAAGAAAAAAUAAAAGAAAAAGAUAGAGCCUAGAAUUCUUUGGCAUUUCGCAAUAGGCAAAUUUUUUAGUGUUACAAAAAUAGUUUGCAAAAUUUUCACACAAAGAUGAACAGUAAAUCACAAGAUAUUGAUUUCAAUAGAAAGCUCGAGAGUUUCUUAAGCUAACACAACCAAAAUUUAACCGGAGACAUGGUGUUUUGACAGUCUACCAAGGCGAAGAAAACAGUGUCUUAACCAGAGAUUGCCACGGCUCCGGAGCCGGCUCUUGGCUCCGGCUCUGAGCGGCUCCGGCUCCGAGCCCGGAGUCGGAGCCAGGCUUCCCAGCGGUCAGAAAAGUAAAAAUUUCGUGAUCUUGUUAAACCAAAUUGCUUGAAAAAACACUGCGGAGGAUGUGACUUGACUGCAGAAACGUUGGCUGUAUGAUCUCUGGCACUAAUAACUUUUAUUUUUGGAAAAAUAUUUUUAAAAAAGCAUUUUGCAUAGGAGCCGGGAUUCGGAGCCGGAGGCCUUUUUAAAUUUUGCACGAAGCCAAGAGCCGGAGCUGCAAAUUUGGCCUCGGCUCCGGCUCUGGGAGCUAAGAGCCGGAGCCGGAGCCCAAAUUUUGACCGUGGCAAUCGCUGGUCUUAACAAAUAUUUUUUGGCGAUAUCCAGUCAGAGAGCGCCAGAUGAGGGUACAGGCUCUACGUCAAAAAAUCUGGAAGAGAAAGAAAGAAAUUAGAACACCGGAGGGAGCAAGAAAGAUUUAUUUGUUAUCGAAAGGCGUCGAUAUAUGGAGUUUUGCUUAAAAUUGACUUUUGGUGCCUCUGAAAUUAUUGGUUUUGGAAGGGUCUCGUUGUUCAGAGGAGAUUCAAAAUUGAUAUUUUAGGGGUAAAAUACGAAAAACGAUCUUGUUCCUCAAAAAUAAAAACCCAAGAUUACGAUGAUUUUCGGUCUAAAAAUCUAAAAAAAAUCGGUAAUUUCUGCAAAGCGCGAUGAAAAAUUUCAAAUAUUAAAAAAAUUCAAACCUAAAUUUUUUACAAUAUUCAUUAAAAUCAAAAAAAAAAAUCUAUUUUUUUUUAAAUUUUUUGAAAAAAAAUUUUUUUAAAUUCCAGUGACAGCACGUCCAACGAAGAUGACACCAAUGAAAGCACCUACCGCGAAACUUACCAAGAAUUUUUCCUCCGCCACAUGCAGAAUAUGAUCCAUUUCUUGGUGGAGGACUGGUUCAUCUCGGCCAUGUUGGGAUUCAUCACCGCCAUUUUGUCCAUUUCCGUCGACUUGUCAUACGAAUAUCUCAAUCAUUGUAAGAACAAAUUUUCGGGAUUUUUGAUUUUUUUCGGGAAAUUUAGGGGUUUUUGGGUUGGUUUAUGAAGAGAAAUUUACAGGGGAAGUACCCCAAGUGCGACGCUCAGAUUUUGAUGAAACUUGGCACAAAUUUAGAAUAAUUUUUUCUAAGAUAUAUGCGAGAAUCCUAGCUCGCGCUUUGCAGAAACAACGGAGAUUUUUAGAUCGAAAGUCGGCGAAAUUUUAGGACUUUUUGCAGAAUUUCGGCACAAAAAGUGGCAUACUGAUUUCUACCGUAAAGGGUAACGCUUCCGCAAAAAAUCAAUUUUUUCUUCACGAAACUGCCAAAGUUAUGGCCAAAAAGAGUUUUUCUCUCUGACCGCUCUCCGCGUUGGGCGUACUCUCUCCGCGGCAAAAAUCGUUCAAUAUCUCGGUGGCGCUUGAAAAGCGCGAGCUAAAACUUUCAGGAAUUGAUACUUAGUCCAUACCCGACGUGUGUGCAAAACUUAAAGAAAAUCUGAGCGUCGCACUUGGGGUAUUUUCGGUUUUUAUUGUUUUUGAGAUUUUUUUGAUUUUUUUUUUAUUUUUUUGGGAUUUUAAAAUUUUUGGUCAAAUUUGGCACAACUUUUUUUGGGAUUUUUUGAUUAUUUUAGUUGAUUUUUUUGUAUUUUUGGGAAUUCUUGGAUGAUUUUUUUUGGCUUAUUUUUAGAAACUUUAUUAUCAAUUCUUUCAUUUUUUAACGAUUUUUUUAUAAAAUUUUUUUCGAUCUUUCUGGGGUUUUCAAAAAAAAUUUUUUUUACUUUUUCCUUUAAAAAACUAGAAAAACUAAAAAAAAUUAAAAAAAAAACAAAAAAUCCCCCCAAAAAAAUCGAUUUUUUUAUUUUCAAAAAAUUUUAAAAAUCGCAAAAAUUGAUACUAUCAGGCUGUCGGGAAAAUAAUGAGCACAAUGUUGCAGGGCCAAUGGCUUCGUUGAAGUGAAAAAAAAUUGAUUUUGUCGCGACACAAUUCAUUUUUUCUGCGGCCUUUUCGCUGCGUCAGAUUGCACAUUAUUUUCCCGACAGACUGAUAUCCAAGCCUUUUAAAUUAAAAUAUGAAACCUUGUGCACAAAUGGACGGCUUUUCGAACAGUCUGUCGGGAAAAUAAUGUGGAUUUGUCGAUGCGAUUUCGCUGCGUCAGAUUGCUCAUUAUUUUCCCGACAGACUGAUAAGAAAUAUAUCUCUAGGCAAAAAAAAACAUCCAAGAAUCAAAAUAAAACAAAAAAUAUUAAAUUUUUUGCAACUUUUUCCAGACAAAGUCAUCGUCUACGACCAAGCGAUGAAGGUGGACCGAAUCGUCGGGUUUAGCGCGUGGGUCAUGUACAUAGUGGCAUUUGUGGGUGGAGGCGCCAUAGUCUGUAAAUACAUCUCGAGACACGCGAUUGGGAGUGGAAUCCCCGAGGUGAAGGUGAUCAUGAACGGGUUCAUGUUGCAAAACUACCUCACGUUUCGGACGUUGGUCGCCAAAGUCGCGGGCCUAGUGUUGACGUUGGGCAGUGGGCUGCCGGUCGGGAAAGAAGGUCCAUUCGUCCAUAUGGGAGCAAUUGUGGCCACACUGUUGGCCAAAGCGACAAGGCCUUUCCAGCACAAUGCGUUCUAUUCGAAUGAAGGAAGGGAUGUGGAGAUUUUGUCGAGCGGAUGCGCUGUGGUAGGUUUUUUGAGGGAGAAACUGUAAAAAAAUGGCGGAAAACUCACAUAGAAGCCAUCGGUUGCGGUCCAAUUGGUCUAAAGCGACCGCGCGAUACUAACGGGCUAAGCCGACAUUUCCCGGUGAUUUUCAACCGAAAAAGUCCGAAUUUUCUCGAUCAUUUUCAACCGAAAAGCACUGGUUUUUGGGGUAGAGAUGCCUCUACUUCAGACGGUCGUAGCGGCCUCAGUUUUCACUUUAGAGGCUUGUUAUUUUGUAGACAAAAAUUAAUGUCGUUUAAAAGUGCAUAUUUCAAAUCCGAAGUCUCUGCGCCGUAUCCGCCGGAAGUUAUAGCCUUCCACUUUCCUUCACGUUUUUUGUAAGACCCUGUAUUAUCAGUCUGUCGGGAAAAUAACGGCGGAUCGUCGCGCCUCGGAGUCGAUCCGCCGUUAUUUUUCCGACAGACUGAUAAAAUUUUCAUAAAGUGCCUUUUGCACUGCACGUCAAACUGAGACAAGCUAAAGCAGUCCGGUGAAUGGAUUGGCAAUCUGCCAAAACGUGAAAAAACGUUUUGUCGGGGAAGAAAUGGGGAAUUUUUGGGGCGAGAGAGUACGCUUUUGCGUGUCUUUUUUCUUUCUUUCUCUGCGAAAUCAAGACGAAGUGUAAAAAACCGAUAGCGAAGGGUUUAUUCCGGUCGCCGGACUCCUCAGUUUGACGUGCACUGUGCUUAUCGCUUUUUUUCGGGCGACGCGAUCUGUAAUGAAAAAAAGCUUCCAUCGCAGCGAUUUUGUAUGAAAAAUCUAAUGCCCUGUGCAGUUGGCCUUUUUCCUUGCACAGUGCGUUCAGCGAGACCAAACUGACGGAAAUUUGGCAAAAUUUGACGGACUGAAAAAAAGAUCGUUAAAUUGACAACCUCGGUCCAAAUCGAGCAAGAUAUCAAGUUCAUUUAUUAAUUUGGCCAUAUUUCUUUUAUUUUGCCUCAUUUUUUUGUUUUGGCCAUUUUUUGGAUUGGCCGCUUUUUUUGAUUUGGCCAGAUGAACAGAAAUAUGAUAGGCUUGGCCAUAUUCAAACAUUUUUAAUGAGUUUUACUAGUCUGUCGGGAAAAUAAUGAGCACUCUGUCGCAUCGGAGAUCGCAUCGCUGCCGAGAAAAUGAAUUGUGUCGCGGCAAAAUCGAAUUGUUUUUCACUCAGCGAUACGAUCGGCGAUAUUGCUCAUUAUUUUCCCGACAGACUGAUACUACAGAAACUCUUCUAUAACGACUUAAUUUUUGGUCUUUUGCGAUUCGUUCUACAGGCUUCUGACUGUGGUAAAAUUAAAUUUACUGUUUGUCCAAAUGCUCAUUAUUUUCCCGACAAACUGAUAUUAUCAUUUGUCCAUUUUUCCUUCAAAAAGUUACAAAUAAAAAACAUUCAAAAAAUCACUUUUUUCAGGGGAUUGCCUGCACAUUCUCGGCUCCAGCCGGAGCCGUCUUGUACGGCAUCGAAUCCACCCACAAAUAUUUUGCCGUCAAGUCGUAUUGGCGUUCAUUUUUCGCAACCACAUGUUCCGCAUUACUUUUUCGUUUCGCAAAUUAUGCCAUCAUCCCGAAGGACAUUGCGGGCUCGAUUACCGCGUAUUAUCAGACGAGCUUCCCGAACGAGGUGUUCGUCGUCGAGGAGAUCCCGAUUUUUGCGAUGAUUGGGUAGGUAAAUAAGUUUUUUUUGAUAUGAUGAAUAUGAUUUUGCUGAUUUUGCUCUUCAGAAUAUUGAGUGGCCUUCUUGGUGCGGCAUUUUUGAUAUUACACAAGAGGAUUUCCAAGUUUAUCCGGCGCAAUCGGAUCUUCUUGAAGGUGUUUGGAAAGGAGUAAGUUGACUUGUGUUUUUGAUGAAUUUACGUCCCUGAUUUUACAUAUCCGGAAAAAGUUCCUUAUUUUGGCCACAACAAAGGUACUCCGCGAACUGCGCCCAAGCUUGGGCACUAAAGUUUAAGAAAAAACGCUUCGAUCUAGCUUACACUGAAUUACUAUGAUAGCUUUAUAGUUUUAAGGGUACCUACGAUGGCUGUGACGACUCAUUUAGUUCCAUACGGAGGCAAUAAGUUCAGUUCCGGACAUGUUUCAUCGUAUAAAGUGGCUGCAGCCGUUUUUGAAGGGUAAGGAGGUACGUAAAAAAGAAGGUAUCUCACUAACUAAAUCCAAUGUCCGGGCAUUGACAACGAUGAAUUGAGCGUGCACGCUAAAUUUGGGCUAAUUCCGACCAGUUUCCGCAAAGUUAUAAGUUGUGGCCAAAAUAAGGAACUUUUACCCAAAACCGCACUGUGCAAAUUAUUAUCUUUCUCUAUUUUCCAAAUUUUCAGCGGUUUCGCGUUCACAAUCUUUAUGGCAUUCGUUGUCGGCGUUAUUACAUUCCCCGAUGGCGUUGGCAGCUACGUUCACGGCCGCUACAACUUCCGCGAAACGCUGAGUGAUCUGAUUAGUAACUGCACCAUGACCUUGUACAACACCUCGAUUAGUCGAGGCUGCGACCAAGAAAUGGUCUUCCGCUGGACUGCUGACGCCGCCGCUACAACGCCGAAUGUGAUGCCGACUUUGGUUGGGUACUUCUCUGUGAUGGUGGGUUUGAAUUUUAAUUGAAUUAGAAGGGUAGUUUAGUUGAGAAAUUAGUCGAUGGACUUGUAAAGAGUAAAGAAUAAAAUAAUAAAAAAAUAAUAAAAAAAAAUAAGAUAAUAUAAAAAUAAAUAAAAGAAAAAUAAAAUAAAAAUUCUAAAAAGUAUUUUUUAAUAUAAUAUGAAGUAUUUUUUACUUUUUUUAAUUAAAAAUAAAAAAAAUAAAAUAAAAAAAUAAAAUUUUUUUUAAUGAAAAAUAGAGAAUUUUUUAAAUAUAAAACAAAGAAAAAUCUGGAAAAAUCAAAAGCAAUUUUUUUUAAUAAAGUUUUUUAAACAAAACACCGUCGUUCACUUCUUAUUUUGUUUCUCUUUUUUUGAUGGUAGGUUUAAACUUAAUUAAAUUAAAAUAGUAGUUUAGUUGAGAAAUUAGUCUAUGAACUUGCAACGACUAAAGAAUAAAACAGAAAAAUAAAAAAAUCGAAAAAAGAAAUUGGAAAAAUUAUACAAAAAAAAUCUUUUAAUAAAAAAUAAUAAAAAAAUAAAUGAAUUUUAUGGUUUUUUUUGUUUUGUUAAUAAGAAAAUAAAAAAAUGAUAAAAAAUGUUAAAAAAAUCAUUAUUUUUUUUUAUUUUUUUUUAAUUCGAAAUAAAAAUAAAAAUGAAAAAAAAAUUAUUAAAAAAAUCUUUAAACAAAAAAAAAAAAAAUAAAAAAUACUCUCAUUUACCUUUUUUCAGUUCGUGCUAGUUCCAAUUUGUAUCACCCUAGCCGUGCCUGCUGGUAUUUUCGUUCCAGCUUUCGUAUUAGGCGCCUGUGGCGGUCGAAUUGUCGGAGAACUUAUGGUAGUUCUCUUCCCCGAUGGAAUGCGUGGCCCACUGGGACCACAGAUCUAUCCUGGAUUAUAUGCCGUGGUCGGUAAGUGAGGAACAUUCUGAAUCUUUCCAAAUUUGUGGAAAAAAUGGAUAUUUCAAUUUCUGGUUGCUUAUUUUAGGAGCCGCUGCAUUUACCGGCGCCGUGACGCAUUCACUAUCAAUUGCUGUGAUUGUCUGCGAAACCACUGGUCAAUUGAGUCCAUUAUUGCCGGUUUUGGUGAGUUACCGUCAUUCUGAAGCAGUCUAUUAGUAUUUUCACAAAGUUGAUGGACAUUUUUACUUUUUUUCACAGUGCAUUUUGAACUUUUUCGAUAUUUUGAAGCAUAGUGCAAAAACCAAAAGAAAAGUAAAUCCACAGUACAAAAUUGCGGUUUUUUCUGCGCGACAAACAUGUCCAUGCGCUGUCGGGAAAAUAAUGUGAAUUUAUCGCGCCUUGGAAACGCCCAUCAUCGCUUUGCGACGGCUAGCCGCGGCUGGAGCUUUGGUAUGUGACAAGGCGUGAAAUUUUCAGCGACAAGUCCACAUUAUUUUCCCGAUAGACUCAUGAAAAUACUAUAUACCACAGAAGGGUUCCUAUGCUACUGAUUUGUGAAAAAAUUGAAAAAAAUGCAUUUGAAGAGCAACAGGUUCUUGUUGACACAUUUUUUGCUCAAAAUCGCUUCAGUGUUAUUAAUGUGUCGGGAAAAUAAUACGCAAUAAAUUUGGCUGUGCCGAUAGCGUCGCUGAAGUGAAAAGAACUUUGAUUUUGCCGCGACACAAUUCACUUUCUCGGUGGCGAUGCGAUUUUCGAUGCGACAGAGUGCGCAUUUUUUUCUCGACAGACUGAGCCAACCUCCACCUUAAUCCCUUAAUCGUUAUCUCUCUCUAAUAUUUACUUAUUUUUCCACCCCAGAUAGCUCUGAUGAUUGGCAAUGCGGUCUCAAGUUUCCUGCAUCCAAGCAUCUACGAAAGCAUUAUCAUGCUGAAGAAGUAUCCGCAUCUCACGGAGCUGCCGCCUUCGCGGAUCAGCGUCCACACGCUGAAAGUUGAGCAGAUCAUGGUCAAGGACAUUGUGUACAUAACCAAGGAUACCACGUACAAAGAGCUGAGAGAGUUAUUGAUCUCGACGCCUCAGCUGAGAUCGUAUCCGUUGGUCACUGAUGACGGUGAGUGAGAUUUUUAAAAAUUUAUAGAGGAAGUGUGGAAUGGGCAAUGCUUAGAUUUUGAUGAAAAUAAGCACAAAUUUAGGAGAAAUCUUUUUCUAAAACAGAUGCAAGAUCCCAAGCUAGAACAUUGCAGACAAGACAGUUUUUUAGGCCGAAAGCUGGCAAAGAAUGACAGUUUUUUGCAGAUUUUGGCUAGGAAAGUUUUGUACCUAUUUUUAUCGUAAUGUAUGCGCAAAAAAAUCAGUUUUUUCUUUGAAAAGAGGGGGUCAAGAAUAAGGUCUAAAGGUGUGUUUCACUGUGACGGCUCUCCGCGUACUCUCUCGGUUACAAAAAUAGUCAAAUAUCAGUCUGUCGGGAAAAUAAUGGGGCACGUCACUGGAACAUGUCUCGCCUCGUCGCAGACGCGCUUCAAAACUCCAGUCGCAGCUGGCCGUCGCAACGCGAUGAUGGGGACUCCAAGGCGCGACAAACCCACAUUAUUUUCCACGACACACUGAUAUCUGAUUAUUCACGGCGAAAGUUGCUACUCUUUGCACUGUGAAAUUGUUGUCACAAAAUGCGCGGCGAUGCAGUUGAAAAAGCUUACGUCGGGCGAUUUUCGAAAUGCAUAGUGUAUUGCAAAAUUAUAAAAAAUCUGGACGUCGCAGUUCUGCCACUUUCUCCGUUUGAGUUUUUCACUGCAAGAAAUACAUAAAUAUGUAUUAAAUUUUUCAGAAGAACGAAUUCUCCUCGGCUCGGUUGCUCGGAAAUAUUUGAAUUUCCUCGUGACAAUCCAUCUCGGCCCCGAUCCCGGCCUAACCUUGCGUCGACGAAGUCAGGCGGCCGAUAUGUUCGGCACGUAUAAUCGAACAAGUGUGAUGAGGACGAGCAUGUCUGGGCACACUUUAUUGUCCAACAGUCCAAUGCAUGAGAAUCUGAAGAGUGAGUUGCAGAUUUUUUAAAGGCCUUCACAGCGAGUUGGAAUGAUAAUUACUGUAUUAUUUUUUGUAGAAAAUGGCCUGCGGACAUCGUUGUCAUUCCAUCGAAAAUCCGACCCUUCUUUGGUAAGUUGGGGAAAAAAUACGAAAAUAAUAAUGUUUUUAAUGGAGUUAUCCAGUCUUAAAAUUUUCUCGGCAUUACUCGUGGGUCCUGACGUUGGUGAUGACGUGACCUAAAAAAAUGAUCACCACAGUCAGGCAUUGAGACCAUUUUCGGGAAAUUUUAGGCAACUUCCUUGACCUCGGUCACGAGCAGAGAUUGCCACGGCUCUUGGCUCUGGCUCUGCGCGGCUCCGGGUCCCGAGCCAAAAGUCGGAGCCAGUCUUCUCAGAACAGUAAAAGUUUCGUGACCUUGUUGAAUCAAUUGCUUGAAAAAUACUGGUAAGCAUGUUUUGCGUACGACUUGGCGUGUUCAAUUGGCUCCAAAACUUGUCGAAAGGCUUGAAAAGUACGCUGGAGCAACCAAAGCUGAAUAGCCCGCAUUUAGUGUACAGGAAAGCACCAAAACAAUCAAAUUGUGCCUAGAGAGCCAGGAGCCAGAGCCGCAAAUUUGGCCGUGGCAUCAUUUUCGGGCAAUUUUACCCGGUCACCACCUAGUCGCGAGCUAGUAAAGUUCAGAAAAAAUGAACAUGAUUUUCGAAAUCAGCACCCUCGAAAACCCCUAAAUGUUUUUUCUUCAGGCCGAAAGUGUCCUGCUGGACCGAGCCAUGAAGCUGGAGAAACCCAUUGACAUCGACGACUUGGCCGUCGACUCUGCUCCGUUUCAGCUGGUCCUUGGCACAAGUCUCUUCAAAGUUCACACUCUUUUCUCACUUCUCGGACUGAACCACGCCUAUGUGACCCAUCGCGGAAGGUUGGUGGGAGUUGUCGCGUUGCGGGAGGUAAGAACAAACUCUUCUAAAUUUGUGCCAAGUUUCAUCAAAAUCUGAGCGUCACACUUGACGUAUAUACUUCCUCAAUUUAUAACAUGUUUAAUUUUUCAAAAAAAAAAAAAAAAAAAAGAAAAAAAUACACUUUUUUUAUACUUUUUUCAGCUCCGUCUCGCCUUAUCCGACAUUUAUGUCCGAGGCGCCGUCCCCAACAAGGAAUCGUCCUGCGGCUCCGUUCAACGACUCAACGACUUCCACAUCGACCAACCCGAAAUCAUCAAGGGCAAUAAAAGCUAUUACAAUGGGACACUGAGCGUCCCCAAGGACAACGAUGGCUUCUCCGGGAUCUCCAUUAAUAUUCAUCCACCGAUCCAGGAGGAGGAUGAUAAUGGGGAGGAAAUUAACCAUGAAGAGACGUUACUGCUGAAUGAUGUCACUCAUGUUGAUGAGGAGACGGAUGGGGAGGAAAAGAGUGGGGAAAAAUAG